AUGGAGGCAGCCCUCGAUGCAGGAAUGGCCUUGGUGUCCAAUCUCGGAGUGGUUGAUAUGAUCGCCUUUUUUUUCACUACGAUUGCUGUUAUAACCACGACAUGGAUGAUCUAUAACCUCUAUUUCCACUCCCUGGCGCGCUUUCCUGGUCCUUUUUGGCACCGGGCCACCCGCCUCGCAUAUGUUAUUAAAAUGAAUAAGGGAACACUUGCAUUUGAUGUGCUCCCAAUGCAUCAAAAGUAUGGUCCCGUUGUGCGAAUUGCGCCCAACGAGCUAUCCUUUCAAACCCCACAAGCCUGGAAGGACAUUUACGGUCAUCGAACCGGUACAGCUGCCGGGGCUGAAGAAAUGGAUAAGUACCACACAUUUUACCGUACCAAGGGAGACGUUCUCAGUAUUAGUUCGGGUGGCCGUGAGUAUCAUGGAAUCCUGCGACGUCAAUUAGCGCACGGGUUCAGUGAUCGUGCCAUGCGUGAGCAAGAGCCUAUAAUUGGUGGUUAUAUUGAUUUACUUAUCAAUAAGCUCCGUGAAAGAUGUGUUGAUCCGGACGUCAAAGAUCCCAAAACAGGCAAACCAGCCCCAAAAACUUUGAACAUGGUGUCUUGGUAUAACUGGACAACGUUUGACGUUAUCGGUGAUUUGGUCUUUGGCGAGCCUUUUGGAUCCCUUGAACAGGGAGAAUAUGACCCUUGGGUAGCGGCAAUUAAUGACUCAAUCAAGUUUCUUGGCAUUAUUAACGGAGUCAAGCAUAUGGGUCUUGAAUCAAUAUUUAUCUGGGCUGUCAAAUUGUUAAAUACCGGCCGUCGCGAGCACACCGACCGAUUGGUCAAGAAGCUCCAAAACCGUAUCAAUCUUGGCGUUGAGCGUUUGGAUUUGAUAGAAGGUUUGUUACAAAAGAAGGAUGAAUGGAAUCUGUCAAUUCACCACCUCGAAGCCAACGGAAGUAGUAUCCUCAUCGCCGGUUCAGAAACGACUGCGACAAUGUUGAGUGGUGUUACCUACAUGUUGCUCACCCAUCCGGAGGCCCUUGCCAAAGUUACCGAAGAAGUGCGUACCACUUUCAAGUCUAGCGAGGAAAUCACCUUGACAUCCGUGAGCUCUCUUACAUAUAUGCUUGCCUGCUUGAACGAAUCACUCCGUGCCUAUCCACCUGUUCCAUUUGGCAUGCCUCGUCAGGUCCCCAAAGGCGGAGCCACCAUAUCAGGGGAAUUCGUCCCAGAAGACACCGUCGUUGCUAUCUGGCACUGGGCUGCAUACCACAAUGACAAACUAUGGACUGAUCCAUUCGGUUAUCAUCCUGAGCGCUACCUUCACGAUCCUAAAUUUGCUAACGAUGCUUUUGGGAUUCACAAUCCAUUCUCUCACGGGCCAAGAAAUUGUAUCGGAAGACAUUUGGCAUAUGCUGAAAUGAGACUUGUGCUCGCUCGUAUUCUCUUUAAUUUUGAGAUGCGUUUGGCCGAGCCUGACUUUGACUGGUUGAAUCAUAAAUCUUAUGUUUUGUGGUCCAAGCCGCCUUUGAAUGUGCAUCUGAUCCCUCGUGAGUUUUAA